GUAGACUUUUAUAGAGGGUUAAAAAGAUAACGAGACAUUUUUGGCAAAUACUUAGUAUCAAUAGAAAAUACGAUAGAGUGGAAGAAGCGCGUAAUCGGUUAAAGAUCGAAGGAGUCGGGAAGGACGCGCGUUUAAGAAGGUCGAGUCAAAGUGGGGAUGAAAGAGUAGAGGAGUGGGUGCCUUGGCUCUAUCGAGGUGGAGGGGGAACUCAGAGACGCGUCUCGCGAGGGUGCAGUAGUCGUGAAGCGUGAGGCCGCGGGAGCCGAUCACCUUAGUGAAGUUCGCGCGUGUCCGGCAAAAAUAUGCGCGCGGCCAGAGGGCGCGUCCUUGUCGACGGGGAAACCGCGAAGCGCGAGCCUCCUUCUUGGAACCUUUGACACGCGCCGCCACCGCGAGUAGUCGCGAGCGAUCCUUAGUAGACGCGCCGUGUCGUGUCUCGAGUAGAAGCUUCGCUUUUUUAUUCGACACUUUAAACCUUCCCCUUUUUGAUCUAAUCUUUCUUAUUUUUCUUUUAAUUUCUUUCCCUUCUUUCUUUUCUUUAUACAUUCAUUUUCAUUUAUCUUUUCUACUUCGUUUCUCGUAGAUCAACCUGCUCCGCUAAGCUUUCUCAAAUCGUAAAAAAAAGAUUUUUUAUUGCUGUUCGUGCUUUUCUUCCUUCACUUCUUCUUCGUCUUCUUCUCCGUCUUCGUCUUCGUUUUCGUCUUCGUCUUCGUCUUCGUCUUCGUCUUCGUCUUCGUCUUCGUCUUCGUCUUCGUCUUCGUCGUCUUCGUCGUCGUUGUUGUCUUCAUCGUCGUCGUCGUCGUUGUUGUUUAUUAAAUUUGCAAGGUCCUUCCUUUCCGCUUCGUCUAUUUCUACUUCUUGUUAUUCUUGUUCUUCAAUACCCCGCGUCUAAAGUCGAUCACCCUCCGCCAAGACGAUCUUCUCCGACAGGCACGAUGAAGUAUUAGUCGAAAUCAAUCGGAUAGGAAGGACGAAGCUCGCGAUAAAAGGAAUCUUACAAAUAUUUUGUCUAAAAAAAAAAAAAAAAAGAUGACCGCGACAACCGACGGACGUAAUUGCGGAAAAAAUACAUCUUAGUCGAUAAAGAAAAAGGUUUGUCAGAAGGGAAAAGAGACCCGAAGGAAUUAUGCCGGACAAAAAUCCAACCUGUCGAGAUGGGCAACGCGAAAACAAAGACUUCUUCGUCGAUGAGAUAUCGUCGAUCGGCAUGUCACUGCGGCCCAGCGGCAGCGCCUCUUCCGGUAUCUCGACCCUCGCCAGCUGUGGUGAAGUCGACGCGCUACCCGAACUUCCGGCACAGGAUGAAGAACGUUUACAACGUGCAGCACGUUUGUUGCAACAACGGCUUGUAUUACGUCAAUGGCUGGCGGAUCAUGGCUUACAUAGCUAUUAUCAAAAGUUAAUGCAAAUGGACGUUAUGUCUCUGGAAGAUGUAUAUUGGGUGGAGGACACUGCGGCACAAGCCACGCUUGGCAAGGAUCUACAACGAUGGAUUCAGGCCAGGCAGGCAUUACCUACUUCGAAGAGAGAUUUAGAAACUUUAAAGGCGGAUCUAUGGAGUGCUGUUGUAAAAAACAGUCAACAUCAAGACGCUUGGACAUGGGGUGGAAUGUUAGUAGUAUCCGUGUCAGUAGCUGGUUUAGUUACUCUGGCUGCUAUGACGCAGCCUGCAUUAGCACCAGAAGCUAAGCAUUCUCUUUUGCAAUAUGUUACUGGAAAAUAUUUAUUACCGAGCAACUGUCGUGUCCAUUUUGAGUGGGAAGAGCCACAACUUGUAGGAGAAACAAUGACUUUUACUGUAAAGUUCUAUCAACGAAACGGUCAACCAUAUCCGAUCUGCGACAAGGAUAAUCUCAUUGUGGAAGUGACAGAAGGCUCGCGGAGAGUAGCUACUCUAAUAGAAUUAGGAGGUACCGAUCCUUUAGCUGCAAAUACUGCAGUAGUGAAGUUCACCGUCCGCCAUGCUGGACAAUACAAAAUAGCUGUACUUAUUGGAUCAUGUCACGUUCACGGCAGUCCAUUUCUUAAAAAUUUUCUGCCUGGACCUCCAGAUCCAAAUAAAACCGUCUUCGUACGUCAAAGUUCUACGGUCGUUUGUACAGCUGGCAUUGCACAUUCAAUGACAAUAGAACCACGAGAUGAAUAUAAUAACUUAUGCAUAUUCGGUCCCGGCGAAAAACCCACUAAAGGGUACGAUGUCAAUAUUAUUCAGCAGAUAGGUAAUCAUGCGGAAAAAGGAUCGGUUAUAGAUUACUCGAUUCAUCUCGACUACGAUUCUCCAAAUCAGAGAGUUCGAUUGAAAGUUAGCUUUCCAAAAGGUGGUUGUUAUCAUGCGACUGUUAGCCUCGCAGGAUUACAAUUACACAAUGGAGACUUUGACAUUAUCGUUCUGGAAAGUUCAGUUGCUAGAUUGGUUCAUAGUAAUGUUGCUUCUAAAGAUCCAGAUAUAUGCUACGUUGCUAAAUUAUUAGGUAUGCAAGGUGAAAGAUUCUCUAAGCCAAAAAAAGUCUUUUGUUAUAUAUCACCAAAGCAAUUAACGAUCAAGGAAUAUUUAUUAAAAUUCAUUCCUAAAAGACUUGUUACUUUUAGACUAUGUCCUUCGACUAAGUUUCAUUUUGACUGUUUGAACAAUCAUCACGAGGGAUAUCAUUCGUUUUCAAUAGACGACGGAUGUCAACCACCUGUCGAAUUAAUUUCUUUAUAUCGCGAUAUAAUAGCCGCUACCUUUACAUUGUUUCUUCUUAAAAAUAUCGGUGGUAGUGAGACCUUCGCCGAUAAACAAGAUUUUUUUUAUCACGAAGUUCGAAAACAUCACCAGAAAUAUUAUCAUGAGAAACUUUCAAUGAAAGUGCAACGAGACAAACUUUUAGAAUCGUCGAUGAAAGCUACUAAAGGAUUUUCAGUGAGCGAUUGGUGCAGAAACUUUGAAAUAACGUUUCAAGGCGAACAAGGAGUUGACUGGGGUGGUGUACGCCGUGAAUGGUUCGAAUUGAUCUGCGCGGCUUUAUUUGAUCCAGGAAAUGGUUUGUUUGCAUCGUUUGGUGAAUCCCAACAAGCUUUGGUACAUCCUAACAGCAAACGACCAGCUCAUCUUAAGUUAAAGCAUUACGAAUUCGCUGGUCGUAUAGUUGGCAAAUGUUUAUACGAAUCGGCACUCGGAGGAUCGUAUCGACAGUUGGUACGAGCAAGAUUUACAAGAUCUUUUCUUGCACAAAUUAUAGGUCUUAGAGUGCAUUAUAAGGUAAAGUAUUUCGAACAAGAUGAUCCCGAUUUAUAUUUGAGUAAAGUAAAAUAUAUUCUUGAAAAUGAUGUGGAAGAAAUGGAAUUGUAUUUUGUUGAAGAGGAAUACGAUAAGGACGGUCAAUUAUUAAAGGUAGCAGAAUUAAUUCCUGGAGGUAGUAAAGUACGCGUUACCAAUGAUACGAAACUUCGGUAUCUAGACGCGUUAGCGCAACACAGACUCGCUAGUUCAAUUCGCAACGAAGUCGAUCACUUUCUACGUGGUCUCAACGAACUCAUUCCAGACAACCUAUUAGGCAUAUUCGAUGAAAAUGAAUUAGAAUUACUGUUAUGUGGAACCGGUGAAUAUAACGUAGCAGACCUACGGACACAUCACAUAGCUAAUGGAAGUUCUCCAGAAUUUCUACGUGUCCUUGAUUGGUUUUGGACGGCAGUAAGUAAUUUUACGCGAGAAGAAAUGGCACGAUUACUUCAGUUUACUACUGGUUGUUCUCAAUUACCACCUGGCGGAUUUCAACAACUAAGUCCACGCUUUCAAAUAACAGCGGCUCCUACAUUCGCGAAUUUACCUACAGCUCAUACGUGUUUCAAUCAACUCUGCUUACCCGAUUACGAGUGCUACGAUCAUUUCGAACGAGCGUUGUUAUUAGCGAUCAGUGAAGGUACCGAAGGUUUUGGUAUGAUCUAACAAGAAAAAAAGCUAUAUACUGAUAAAAACAUACAUACACACAUUAUACAUAAAUAUACAAGCUAACCUCUAGUCUAUUCUAGUCGAUAUAAUUUGUCCAUUAUAUUGAAAUAAUGUAUAUUGUGUCCCAUUUUUUAUUAUUUGAUAUCAAGUAUUAAUUUUCAUUCCAAUGUUUACUUUCGAUAAUGUCUUUUCUUAACAAAGCUUUUAUACUCUUAAAAAACAUAUGAACUGCAUUUUGUUAAACUUAAGUCGUUUGAAAUAUCUUUAACAAAUGUUCAGCUAAAUUAUGUUCUGCUAAUGACCAUCAAAAUUUAAGCGUAAGAACAUGCCGCAUUUAAUGGCUUGUGGUAACGUUUUUAUAUAAAAACCGUUAUAUACUAACAAU